GAGGCGGCCUGGUCCGUCAAGGAAAGCGGUCCGCGGCGCCGGGCCAGCGGGGCUCCGUGAGGAAGCGGGCGGCUUCUCCUGGAAGACAGCGGCCCCCGAGGGGUGGUAACCGCCCCGGCUGACAGCUGCCCUUAGGCUUGGAGGGCGCCCGCCCGCUGCCCGCUGCCCGCUGCCCGCUGCCCGCUGCCCGCUGCCGGGAGGCGGGAGCCCCGUCGGACGCGGGAACCGGAACCCUCCCUCCAGAGCCGGCGCGCGCGGGGGCCGGCGCUGCCCGAGCGCCCGGAAGCCAAGGCCGGGGAGACGUGUCGCUGCCAUGGCGGAGCGCGGCCGGCUGCAGCGGCUGGAGCGCCGUGUGCGGGAGCUGGAGGAAGAGCUGGCCCGGGAAAGAGCCGGCCGGCCGGCGCCGCGGGCCCACAUCGAGAGCAUGAGCCCGGAGGUGACGGACUCCAACCCCUACAGUCGCUUGAUGGCGUUAAAAAGGAUGGGAAUUGUCAAAGACUAUGAGAAAAUCCGUACUUUUACAGUUGCAGUCGUAGGUGUAGGUGGAGUUGGCAGUGUGACCGCUGAGAUGUUGACAAGGUGUGGCAUUGGUAAGCUUCUUCUGUUUGACUAUGACAAAGUGGAACUGGCAAACAUGAACAGACUCUUCUUCCAACCUCAUCAAGCUGGAUUAAGUAAAGUGCAAGCAGCAGAGCAUACUUUGAGGAAUAUUAAUCCUGAUGUUCAGUUUGAAGUGCAUAACUACAACAUCACAACACUGGACAACUUUGAACACUUCAUGGAUAGAAUAAGUAAGGGUGCACUGGAGGAGGGGCAGCCUGUCGAUCUCGUUCUAAGCUGCGUGGACAACUUUGAAGCUCGCAUGGCAAUUAACACGGUGAGAACACUGAAGGCCUGCAAUGAGCUUGGACAAAUCUGGAUGGAAUCUGGAGUGAGUGAGAACGCAGUGUCAGGGCACAUACAGCUGAUCAUACCCGGUGAAUCUGCUUGCUUCGCGUGUGCUCCUCCACUUGUAGUUGCUGCUAAUAUUGAUGAGAAAACAUUAAAACGAGAAGGAGUUUGUGCAGCUAGUCUUCCUACAACAAUGGGUGUUGUGGCAGGAAUGCUUGUACAAAAUGUCCUGAAGUACCUGUUAAAUUUUGGUACUGUGAGUUACUAUCUUGGUUACAACGCGAUGCAGGAUUUCUUUCCAACUAUGUCUAUGAAGCCAAACCCACAAUGCAGUGACCAAAACUGCAGAAAACAGCAAGAAAAUUAUAAGAAAAGAGAAGCUGCACGACCAAAACAAGAAGUAAUUGAACAGGAAGAAGAAAUAGUACAUGAAGAUAAUGACUGGGGCAUUGAAUUGGUGUCAGAAACUUCCGAAGAGGAGCUGAAGGCUGCCUCUGGCCCAGUCCCUGAGCUUCCUGAAGGAAUCACUGUAGCAUACACUAUCCCAAACAAGGAAGAGAAUUUGAUACCUGAGGAAACGGUAGCAGACUCUGAAGAAAGCCUAGAAGAACUCAUGGCCAAAAUGAGAAAUAUGUAGCAAAACAAGUAGAAGUGCAACUUCUGAGACUUUGGAUGGACAUUGGAUUUUGAGAAGACCAGACUCUUUUAUUUUGUUACCUCUGCUGAAACUUAUCUUUUCCAUUUCCUCAGAAAUGUGCUGUUUGAGGGGCAGGAGGGAAACAGACUCGCUUGGUUUAUAUUCUGUUGUCUGUUUACAUCCUUAAGAUAGGGAGUUGAGCUACUGAAGAUCUGAAUUCUUCAACAUUAUUAGUGUCCAGAUAUUAAGUAGAAAAUAAAGCUGGAUAAACUAACAACAGCAGGCAUAGCACAUUCUCAUCACAUGAUACUGCAAAUAACAAACAGUAGAUAAGAAAAAAUCUGCUGGAAUGGAUUGACUAGGUCAAGGGCAGAUGAUUAUGCCUCACUCCUAUUGCUGUGCCUGAUUUUCCAGGCACUUCUAUGCAGUGCUUGGUCCCUGGUCUCUAAAGCCUUGGCAUGCAUCAUGCUGUGGCUGCUUUAUCUGAGUGAACAGAACAUUUCAGCCCUUUCAAGGUCUUGGGGAUGGAGAGUUGUUUUUUUUUUAAACUUCCUUGAUUUUAUCAGUGUCUUACUACUGCUUGUUCCUAAAUUGGUGCCUCUGUUUUGCAUGUGAUAAUCAUCUCAGUGUGCUGAAAGUCAAAGUCUUUUGUUAGUAGACCAUUAUACUAGCAGGCUGGGUAUUGGCAUGCCACUAUUUCAGCUGGCAGAUGUUUUUCAUGACAAAAUCUUUUAAGAAUUACCAGAACUGGCACUGAAAGGAAGAGAUUUUUGUCCAUCUCUUUGAAAAUCUAAAUACUAUCUUUUCCUUAGUUAUUAAAAGUUCAUCUGUAACUGAUCCAUCCCCAUCCCAUGGGUUGUAUAAAGGAAUAUGCUUAAUCUCAGUUUGCAUAGGAAAGCUUCUAAAAGUAGUUGCUGUCAACUUUCAGUGUUGCAAGUACCUUCUGUGGAGUAGCUGAGCUAUUGUAGUUGUCUUGUACAUAAGGUUAGUACAGUCAUAUUGCCUUUUAAAUUACAGGUCAGUUGAACAUCUGAUAAAUGUACACACCUCAGAGUGCCAGUGCCCUGCGGAACUGGAACCAUCAAUUCCAAGUAUUUUAACUACUGUGGGUGCCUGAGCCAGAACUUGAUCACUAUUUAGAUUUGGCUUAGAGGAACAUAACUUUCAGCCUUUGCAGUGUAAUACAAAUAUUCCAACUUAACCUGUUCAGAAAACCUUUCCAGAGCAUGAUGCAGCCACCACAGACCCAUCUAGAAAUGGCAGGAGCAGCGUCCAACAAACAAGUAAAAAGAGAGUAAUAGUGUGGAGAUGCUUCUGGUUCUCAGGGCAGUUCAAUGAGUAUUUGUUUCAACAAUGCUUGAUUGAUAUGAGGAGACUCCAGGGGGGAUCUCAUUAAGAUUUACAAAUGUCUCAGUGGUGGAUGUCAGGAGGUUGGGCCAUCACUUUUUUUCUGUUGUAUCCAGUGACAGGACAAGGGGUGAUGGAAAGAAGCUGGAACACAAAAAGGUCCAUUUAAACAUAAGGAAAAACUCUUUCCCUGUUGAGGUGAGGGAGCCCUGGCACAGGCUGCCCAGGGAGGGUGUGGAGGCUCCUUCUCUGGAGGUUUUCAAAACCCACGUGGACACGUUCCUGUGUGACCUUAUCUAGGUGGAACCUGCUUUGGCAGGGGGGUUGGACUGGAUGAUCUCCAAAGGUCCCUUCCAACCCCUACCAUUCUAUAGUUCUAUGAUAAUGGUUACAAACAUCAGAAGCUGUUUCCCCCACAGCUGACACUAGAUUAGACAGGUGAAAAUACUCUCUGAAGCUAAUGAGGGAGGUUUGAGGGGUGGUGUGUUAUGCCAUAAAAUUGAAGUGAGUUUUUGGAUCAAGCUCAGUUUUGGAGAAACCAGAUUUUAGAAAGAAACUGUAAAGAUGGAUGGGAAGUAAUGAGGUCAUUAUAAAAGGUACGUACUUUGAUCUGUGUCACUAAGGGGGUUGAUCCAAGUGUCAAUUUUAGUGUCACGUUUCUUUGCAAUUUUUACCUUUCUGUUGGGAACAAUAAAAGGGAGGCACAUACUGGACUCUGCAGGUCCUGAGGCAAACAGUUGGCUUGUUUCUAUUACAGCAGUUCAUCUUGACUCUUAACUCUUCAGCUGACAAGAGUGCUGCCGUGUGACUGCCAACUUUACAGGAGGCAGCUGUUUACCAGCUUAUUUCAUCUAUAGCUUGUAUAAGCACAUCGACACAAUUUUGUAUGCCCACUGACGAGCUGGCACGGUGUCUCUUGUGUUAGCUUCAGACUUCCAACUUGUACAUACAAGAAGAAUUUGAACUGAUUACAAGAUACAUUAAGGUGAUUGUAUAGUACAAUGGUUAACAUUAUUUAAAAAAUAAACUGCAUCAGAAAAGCA